GAGAGAUCGAAAUCCCCAAAAGUUGGAAACCCUAAGAAAGACAAGUUCUGGAAAGGAAUUUGGAUGCACGUGGAAGUCUUUAUGGGAGAAUCCCGUGGAGAAAAAUUCAACAACGGUCGGGACAUCAGACAUGAAUCCGAGGUGGUGGACUGAAGACGAUGCUGGAUGCCAUGGAAGUCCCAGGUCAUGCUAGGCACCUUCUUUUACAAUUGAACACGCAACGUACCAAGGGCUUCUUGUGUGAUGUCAUCAUCGUGGUGCAAAAUGCUCUGUUCCGAGCUCACAAGAACAUUCUGGCGGCCAGCAGCCUAUACCUUAAGUCCCUCGUCGUCCACGACAACCUCAUCAACUUGGACCAUGAGAUGGUGAGUCCCGGUGUUUUUCGGGUCAUCCUAGAUUACAUAUACACAGGACGGCUGAGUGAUGGAGACCCAGCGUCUCCCUCAGAGCCAAAUAUAGGAGCAGUGCUGGCGGCUGCAAGCUACCUCCAACUGCUGGACUUGGUGGCUCUCUGUAAGAAAAAGCUGAAGGGGAAAGCAAAGUACCUCCUUCGGCCCACGCCGGGCUUUUUGCCAUACAGUAAUAUGACUCCCGGCAGUGUGGGAGGAGGAAGACAUCGAGUUCCCACCCCUGUCAUCCAGCCCUGCUAUCCUGGUGGGGUUGUGAGCAGCCACACACCUUGUGCCCCUCCCAUAGAGGAUUUACCCCCACACCCACUGGCCCCUCAUGGAGGAGAGCUGUAUGCGCCCUCCUUCAUUCAGGGCCCUCAGGAGUACCCCUCCACCCCAGCGCCUUUGCCUCCCCCGUCGGGCAUGCGCCUUCCCACCGCCGACCGAAACUACUCUCCCCUCGGCCUGGAUCUGUCGAAGAAAAGCCCCGGUCCCAAAUCCCAACACCCACCUUCUCAUUCCCACCUGAGUCACACACACCAGCAGGAUGAGGAGGUUGAAAGCGAGCUGAGUAACCGCGGAAGUCCGCGGCAGGGCGCCAACGGAGGCCCUGACAAGAUGGAGAAUACUCAUCACGUGGGUCCCCACACUCCACACUCUUAUCCCCAUCUCAGCCAGCCACUCACACCACAUCACCCCCACCUGCACCACUCCAGAUCCCAGAGCCAGGAGAACUUCCCUUGCCCGCCAAGCCCUGAGGCCACAGGGGAGCAAAGAGAUCACAUGAGUGACGGAUCAGUGUGCCGUUGGGUGAAAGACGAGCCUCGCUCCUACAAUGCUGAAGACGAGGAGGACGAGGAGGAAGAAGAGGAUGACAUAGGAGUGGGAGAUCGGGACAAAGGCACCCGACAGCAUCUCAAUCACCAGAAGACCAGUGAGGAGAAGCUGAGUGAGGGAGGCUAUGGCCGGGGCGUGGCCUGCGACGGGGAAGACGAGAAUGGGACAGCCAGUGAGGAAUCAGUCAGCAGUGAGGGCCGGCCUUCUCCCCCGGGUACCGUGGGCAGAUAUCACAUUCCUUAUGACAUAACGUGCCCUGAGAGUUUUGGGGACAACCUGUAUGUUUGUAUUCCUUGUGACAAGGGUUUCCCCAGCUCGGAGCAGCUAAAUGCCCACGUGGAAACCCACACAGAGGAGGAGCUCAACCCGGGUUCAGAGAUGGAGAACAAUAGCAGCAACAGCACCACGUGCAAAGCCAACAGUGUCAAUGGACCCACCAGCCUGAAUGCCAACAGUAACCACCCACAGAGCCUCCACACCAUGGGCAUGGGCGAGAUGAUCCGGCCGUACCGCUGCUCCUCUUGCGAAAAGUCCUAUAAGGACCCGGCCACGCUGCGACAGCAUGAAAAGACGCACUGGCUGACACGGCCGUACCCAUGCAGCAUCUGCGGCAAGAAGUUCACGCAGCGUGGCACCAUGACGCGUCACAUGCGCAGCCACCUGGGCCUUAAGCCCUUCGCCUGUGAUGCUUGCGGCAUGAGAUUCACGCGCCAGUACCGUCUCACCGAGCACAUGCGGAUCCACUCGGGUGAGAAACCUUACGAGUGCCAGGUGUGCGGGGGUAAGUUUGCCCAGCAGCGGAACCUCAUCAGCCACAUGAAGAUGCACAGUGGCGGGGGCGCAGGCGGAGGGCUCACCGCAGAUGGCAAGCUGAAGAUGGACUUCUCUGAGGGCAUCUACCCGCUGAGUAAGUACGCCGCGGAGCACCUUGGUCUGAAGCAAGAGAAGGCCUCGGAACUCCUGGCCCAGGCUUCGCAGCACCUGCUGGCCGACCCCAAGGCCAUAGAAAGCCUGUACCCGUUGUCCAAACUUGCGGCUGAGCAUCUGGGCCUCACGCAUGAGAAAAUGAACGUCUUGAGCCAAUCCCUGCCGCCACCUUCACAGCCUCUGCCUCCCGAGACCCGCACCAUAGAGCGUUACUCUCCCAGUUAGAGAGAGAUGGGACCAGCACCCACCCACAGCUGCCAAAGUCAAGUCUGAACUAGCAUAGCUAGGACACCUCACUGUUCACCAUCCACAGUAUUUCAACUUCACUCACCUCAGCUCCAAAUGAACCUACACCUCAUAUAGAGGGGGCCAGACUGCUGGUCCAAGAAACAUGCACACAAACUGUGUUGACUUUUUAAAAGUGCCUUUCUUUGUGCAGCACAUGCAUUUUUUUUUAAAUUACUUUCCUAAAAGGAGAACUACUUUAUUUAUAAUCUAUCUCA